CUCUCGCGCGGGAGUAAAGCUUGGUUGCCGUGCGCCCCUUCUGUCGCGUCGGGUUUGGAGCGGCUAGUAGAACUUUGAGCCCUGUCCUCGGCCUUGGCCUCGAUCGGGCGUUCUGACGGGCCGCUAUGAUGAUGCAUCUGGGACUGCGGUAGCAAGCAGGGGAAAUGGAACUCGGCAAUGCAUGAUCGAGGUUCUGAUUCUGGUGGUUUAGCGUCUUUGGCAUGUAAUUAUGCGCUGGUAGGUCUGGCGAAAUUUUAGCAGCAGGAAUAGGAGAUAUGAUUUGCCUCCGGAAAGGUUUUGAGGUGAUCCUCGUUUAGCUCUGGAGUAGCUAGGUCGAGAUAUCCUGGAGCUUCUGCCGCGAAAGAAGGAAAGGUUAUAAAAGAAGACGAAGGAAGGUAGUAGUGGAUUCCGCAGGUUUCGUGUCGAUUGUUGAAAGAUUGCUUCUUUGACAACACUUUCAUCGUUGGACGACUCUUUUCGGUGGCCCCUGCUACAACGGUUUAUGGAUUUCAUCGUCAAGGGUUUUCAUGCGCCAGCAGCUGCUGCGUGUAUGAAUGAGCUACAUUGAGAGUUUCUUGACCUAACGGCGGGCUCAGUCACGCUGGCCCCCGCACUGAAACUCUUUAUCGGAGGAAACAGGCUUCCUCCUUUGGAACACGGGACGACGAGUUUCAUCUCAGGGCUCUGUUUUGAAUCGUCAUGUCUUACGGUAUCAUCAGAGACGUGUAAAUCUUGGCGAAGUAGGUUAUGGUGAGCAUGUCCAACAUGGCGGGUGUCGUGUCAGCUGGCCGCACAGGAAUGCAACCUAAUGGGCAGCAUCUUGGAGUGACCGAGCCUAUCUCAACAGCUGGUCCUACUGAUCUAGACUUGAAGCAGACAAGUGAACUUGAGAAGUAUUUGGUCCAAGCUGGGUUGUACGAAAGUCAAGAGGAAGCAGUCCGUCGUGAGGAGGUUUUGGGGCGUCUUGACCAGAUCGUCAAAAUGUGGGUUAAGAAGAUCAGCAGAACGAAGGGCUUCAAUGAGCAGUUUGUGCAAGAGGCGAACGCCAAGAUUUUCACUUUCGGUUCUUAUCGGCUUGGGGUUCAUGGACCAGGAGCUGAUAUUGAUACGCUCUGUGUGGGCCCCUAUCAUGCAACUCGAGAGGAGGACUUCUUCUUGGAACUGCAUGCUAUACUCGCGGAGUUGCCGGAAGUGACUGAACUUCAUCCCGUCCCAGAUGCGCAUGUUCCUGUCAUGAAGUUCAAAUUCAACGACUUUUCAAUCGAUCUGUUAUACGCAAGGUUGUCGUUAUGGGUUAUUCCGGAGGACCUAGAUAUUUCACAGGAGUCUGUGUUAAGAAACGUUGAUGAACAGAGUGUACGCAGUUUGAAUGGUUGCCGAGUCACUGACCAAAUACUGCGAUUAGUCCCAAACAUUCAGCAUUUCCGCACGACCCUUCGAUGCCUAAAGUUCUGGGCUAAGAGGCGCGGUGUUUAUUCUAAUGUUACGGGAUUUCUUGGUGGUGUUAACUGGGCUUUACUUGUCGCCAGGAUAUGCCAAUUGUAUCCCAAUGCGGUGCCUAGCAUGCUAGUGUCACGCUUUUUCCGUGUCUACACACAGUGGAGAUGGCCCAACCCUGUCAUGCUGUGUGCAAUUGAUGAGGGCACCUUAGGUCUUCCAGUCUGGGACCCUCGCAAGAAUCCUCGCGAUCGCACCCACCAAAUGCCUAUCAUCACCCCUGCAUACCCCUGCAUGAAUUCUAGUUACAACGUUUCGACAAGCACUUUGCGAGUUAUGACCGAGGAGUUCAAGAGGGGAAACGAUAUUUGUGAGGGCAUGGAGAUUAAAAAUGCUGACUGGAGUAAACUUUUUGAAUUGAACCAAUUUUUUGACACAUACAAAAACUAUCUUCAAAUAGACGUUACUGCUGCCGACGACGAUGACCUUAGGAAGUGGAAAGGCUGGGUGGAGUCACGGUUGAGGCAGCUGACAUUGAAGAUUGAAAGGCAUACGUAUGGAAUGCUUCAGUGCCAUCCCCAUCCUACAGAUUUCGUCGACACAGAAAGAAAGGGUCGACAUUGCGCGUUUUUCACAGGCUUGCAAAGGAAACAAGGAAUCCCACAACAAGAAGGUCAGCAGUUCGACAUACGCAACACCGUAGAUGAAUUCCGACAUUCAGUGAAUAUGUACAUGUUGUGGAAACCUGGUAUGGAGAUACAUGUAUCCCAUGUUCGGAGAAAGCAGAUUCCGGCUUAUGUAUUUCCAAACGGCGUCCGACCAGAACGCAAUGGUGUGCGAGCUGAACGUCCGGAGCGUACAGGUGAUGUAGCAAAGAAACGUAAGCUUGACAAGUCUGACGAAGGAAACCGGACAAAUCUGACAAAGAAGCAGAGUGGUGAUGCUUUAGAUGGCAAGCCCAAAAGGACAUCUGACGAGUCCGGUAAGAAAGUUCUGGGCAGACCAACGCCCGAACAAGAUAUUGAAGAGAGGAGUGGGGAAGGAGCGCGGAAGAGGAAAGGCGAUAACUCUGUUGAUGGUAAGAAAGCCGUCGGGAGGUCCUCAUCAGACUCUCCUAGCCCACCUGCCUUUGGCAGGUCUUUCAGCGAGGGUGGUGCUAGCGACCUCCUUCGCUCCGCAGAGGAAGCUGCAUUGCAUGCUGUCACACACCCAGUCGAUAUGGAAGACAUUGUCGAGGGAACAACCGGGAUGCCCGAUAUGUCACCAGAUGGAAUUGGCUUUCCCAGCAAGGGCAUGGGAAGGCCUACAUCCAGCGGAGUUGACGAGUUGGAGAGGGCCGAAAGUCAAACGGGUGCAAGUAACUGGCAACUGUCGGAUGAGGAAGUUGCAUUUCACGCGUUUAUGAAUCCAGGGGAAGCAGAGGGUCGCUCUGGGGAAGGAGGAAGGAAGACGAUACCCGACAGGACAGGAGAUGACACAAGGGCGCACAAGAAGGGAACUACUAGACCUGUAUCAGGACGUCCAGGGAAUCCUGACAUGGAUCGGGCUGGCAGCAGGACCGUCGCAAAUGUGUGGUCGUCUCCAGCAGAGGCGGUAGGUCCAGAAGCAGAGGCAAAUGGUCUAGGUGAUUACUCGGAUGAUGCCGAGGACAUGGUGGUUGGUGACGCUGGAGGACGAGUUGAAGAGAACGGCAACAGGCCGUUCCAAGCAACCGAGCCUGCUUAUGUCGGGAAGGUUGAGGAAACUGGCCCAGGAAGAGGAGGGAAUAUGUUUUUGAAUUCCCGAGCGUCAAGUUUCCACAAUGGAAACAACGAGGAGUUGGAGUCUACAGUGAUGCUGGGUCCAGUCUUGGUGGGUACUGCGGGAGUGAAGCCAUCAGACACCCAGAAGAAGCCGAUGAUCAGGCUAAGUCUGACUUCGGCUACAAGAAACGGCACUGGAGCCUUGGAUGUGUUCUGAGAAUGCUCCGCUCCAGUGGAGUCCUUUGUAAAUUUGAGACACAACACUUCACUUUGGCAUGAUCAAAUAUCGCAUCUUCGGAAGUUGCUAAAGGUGCGUGCUGCCUUGUAAUCUACUGUGGGUGUUUCGUCCUUGCAAAGAGGUCAGGGGGCUGUUAUCCGCUCUUUUACUUCUGGAUAAAUGAGGGCUCUUUACCUCUUUAGCCUUGGGAGUACUGUGGAUGCUCUCACUUCUUUGCCCAGAAAAUCAUUCUUUUCAGUGACACAAAAGAUCUCCACGAUAUCUCACGCCGAAUUCGGAGACGAAAGCUGCGGAGGACGACAAAUGUACAAAAUGUACAGGCCAUUCCUCCUGCGAAGGAAUUCAAGUUCUUUCGCCGCAGGUCUGGUUGUCCGUGUCUGGUGCAUGUCUUCAUUGGUUUAAUGCUUGAGCUCGUAUGCCUGCAAUUGGGUGUCAGGGGUGUUUUGCUUUGCCGGUGUCACGUUUGUGCUUGCUUCCUCUUUGUGUGUGGCUGCUGCUUGAGUGCAUUUGCCGCAUGGAUCGAGGGACGCGUAGGGAUGUCUGUGCCGUAGGCUUCACGCACAGAUGCUGUGCUGUGCUACGCUGCGGCGUCUUCAAGGCAACUUGGUGGAAUCUCAUUAGACAGGAUUUAUAGCUGUAACAAAAUUGAUUGUGUAGGAGGACCCUCUUAAAACCCAGCUGAAAAGAUUUGUAACAAAAAAAUUCUUAGGAACUUAGAACCGGUAGGUUAGGGUGGGUAGGUGGUUCGGUGGUCGGUCAACAGGUGACAAACGGUUGUAGGUUUAGGCGAAAUUGUCAGGCCAGUUGUAGAGAUGACCCAUGUCCUGUGCUGUCGACAAAGUAAAAUUUCUACAUUGUAAUAAAGCUACUAAUGAUC